AUGUAAGUAGCUUGUAUGAGAUCUAUCCAGGUCCUUCUAUCGCUCCGCAACUCUUACAUCACUCGACUGAAUAUAGUGUAAGACUUGACGCUAUGGAUCCGAGACACUUAUAUCGAUCUGUAUCUACAGUAUCGACGGCCACUGUCUGGACCCAAAGGACACUUUCAGGGAUGGGACUAACAACUUCGAAUAAUACUCUAGCUAAUACGGAGGAUGAUGUCGAAAAUAUCGAUUUACAACCUUUGUCGACUCCUGAACAGGAGUUGGAUGUGAACCCAACUGACGUUCCACAAAAUACAGCAACUCAGGUUCAAGAAGGCGAGGAUAAUCGAGGUAGUGGCCCUGACAACAGGGACACAAUAUCAAAUUCUAAAUCUUCAACGGCCAAGAGCAUGAGACUAACAAAUAUCUGGUGGCUGGAGAUUGUUUCAUGCUUACUCGUGGUUGCGAUGAUCGCUGCACUUGUGGGCACGAUUCAACCUUACCAGGGUCAGCCGCUAUCCCGAUGGCCUUAUUCCCUCCCCAUCAAUACCAUCGUUUCCUUCUACUCCGAGGUGAUGAGGGCGGCAAUGGUCCUAGUUCUUGGUGAUUGCCUGAGUCAGUUGAAGUGGAGUUGGUUUACAUCUCCACGUCCUCUACAUCACUUAGAACAUUAUGAUAACGCGUCCCGUGGCCCAUGGGGAUCUCUAGGGUUCUUAUGGGCUAUACGUCUAAGGGCGAUAUUACCAUCGAUAGGUGGAAUCAUGAUGGUUCUUUCAGUACUAUUAGUUCCCUUCACGCAGCAGAUUGUCCAGUUUUAUUCAUGUACUAUCCUAGAUGCGACGCUUAGUGCGUCUAUUCCGAAAACGAAUUUCGCCUCUGCCGGAUAUAACGGAGCUGCAGUUAGUAUAGUCCCCAGUGCACAAGCUGUGAUAAACAGCGGGGUGUACGACAGCGAAAUUAAACAAGUGCCAUUCACAUGCCCGACUGGAAAUUGUACUUUUGCUCGGGUAUAUCGCUCAAUGGGGUGGUGUAGCCACUGCGAAGAUGUUUCCGAUCAGAUAGAAGUUCGCUCUUCGAAAGAGGGUGCAGUCAAUUUUACUCUGCCUUCGAAUCUAUCUGCAAUACCAGGCAGUAGUACGUUCGUAAUGGGCGCUUCUGACUACACAAUCCAAGCCAUACUGGGAUGGAACAAGAAUGGAACGGCGCACCCGCUAUCAGAUACGCCUUGGGGAAAACGAGGGUUCGGAGCCGCUGAAUGCUCCGUCGAUCCCUGUGUUAGGAGCUAUACCGGCAUAGUAAAAGACGGUACAUUCACGGAAACUCUUAUAUCUACAUCCGUUACUUGGGAUUGGAAAGAUUACGAGGACGAUUCCAUUGAUGUCGCGUGUUUAAAUGCCUCUGAGAUCCAAGCCCUACAGAAUGCCGGCUGCAAUUUUGACCCCAAGAAAACGGUGUGGGUGGAGUGUGACGGAGCCCGUGCAACUGCGAUGCCACGUUCGGAAUGCAUUUACCAAGCAGUCGGGCCCCAAGUUUCCCACCUUUUCGGAUACCUCUCAACUAUGUUCAACGGCGAGCUCGGCUAUGCACCAGGCGCCCUUUACGGCCCAGCAAUUCUACAGACAAUCUUCCAGGGAGGUAACGUCACCUAUUCCACCAUCGACGACAUGUUCAAUCGGAUCGCGCAAUCCUUGACAGUGUGGGCGCGCGAGCAAGGUACUAGGAAUGUUACAGGGCAGGUAUACAUGAGCAACACGUGCGUUAAUGCUCGAUGGGGAUGGUUGGCAUGUCCCCUUUCCCUGAUGCUAGGAACAGUGAUCUUCCUUGCGUGGACGAUGGACCACACAAGGAGGAAUGAAGGGAGCCGUCAAGACUACAAAUCUUCGCCUCUUGCGCUAUUGUUCCAUCGACUGGGAGAAGUAGGUAACGAGGGUCCCAUCUCUGAUAUCGCAAGUAGCGGCGAGCUGCAAAAGAAGGCAAAGGCGAUGAGGGUGGUGUUCCAGGGUACCGAUGAUGUAUGGCGCUUUACUGAAGUUGAACAACUAGAUACUUCAGGGGCUAAGAAACCACGCGUCUAACUCUAGAACUAUUUAUUGAUAAAACACUACUUCUAGUGUGGAUAAUAUCUCUGUUAUCUGGUGACGAAAAACCAUGUUGCAACAAUAGGGUCCAAGUUCAAGUCUUCAAAUGAAUCUUUCAUUUUGCCAAUUAGAUGACUUGCAACUCCCUACCUUAGGAAGCCAGACUGGGUUCCAUCUGGUAAUAUGGAGUCCUGGGGGAGAUUUUAUCAUGCCCGAUGGACGUUUCGCGCAAAGCCCCUGAGGCUUGAUAGGAACGAAGUCAUAAUACAACUUGAAUAAGGUAAGUAGGUUAAAGUUAGGCUAGCUGAUGACGUUCCGGGAACUCUCAACACGGAUUGGAAUAAUCUUGUUCUAAUCAUUGGUAGGGUUCCGGAUGAUGACUAAGCGACGUCCCUUGUCGCGUCAUGUGACAUUAUUAGAUUAACUAGUAGGUUCUUAGUAAUCCCUC